CCAGCUUUACCCUUCCGCUCCUUAAUUCAGCUCGAGACCUCGACUCCGCAAUUUCUACUAACGCACACGAAAACCGAAGAGGCUCCAUCUUUCUGUCGAAGAAAUUAUGUUGUUCUUCUCGUACUUCAAAGACUUGGUGGGGCGAGAAGUGACGGUGGAGCUGAAGAACGACCUUGCAAUCAGGGGGACUCUGCACUCCGUUGACCAAUACCUCAACAUUAAGCUUGAGAACACUCGGGUUGUCGAUCAGGACAAGUACCCCCACAUGCUUUCAGUGAGGAACUGUUUCAUCAGGGGGUCAGUGGUGAGAUACGUUCAACUACCUCCAGAGGGAGUCGACAUUGAGCUGCUUCAUGAUGCCACAAGAAGAGAAGCUCGGGGUGGUUGAAUAAUGAUUUGUCUGUAUCCUAUGAACACUUGAUUCAAGGUACUCAUGGUUGAAACUAUUUGUUGAAGCAAAUGAUGCAUUGUAUGUGAUUUAUGCUUAAGCAAGUUUAGUGCUUUUUGCCUA